GUGGGGGCUUCUUCCCUGGCUGGCGCUUCCGAGGCCCGCAGCCAUCUAGCGACCUCUUUCCUUGGAACGCGAGGCGCAGGAGGUCCCGUCCAUGGACCGAUCCGCGGUGGCGAGGGUGGGCGCGGUAGCGAGCGCCAGCGUGUGCGCCGUCGUGGCGGGGGCGGUGCUGGCCCAGUACAUUUUCACCUUGAAGAGAAAGACGGGCCGGAAGACCAAGAUCAUCGAGAUGAUGCCAGAAUUCCAGAAAAAUUCAGUUCACAUCAAGAACCCUACAAGAGUAGAAGAAAUUAUCUGUGGUCUUAUCAAAGGAGGAGCUGCCAAACUUCAGAUAAUAACAGACUUUGAUAUGACACUGAGUCGAUUUUCCCACAGAGGGAAAAGAUGCCCAUCAUGUCAUAAUGUCAUUGACAACUGUAAGCUAAUUACAGAUGAAUGUCGAGAAAAGUUACUGCAACUAAAGGAAAAAUAUUAUGCUAUUGAAAUUGAUCCUUUUCUUACUGUAGAAGAGAAGUACCCUUAUAUAGUAGAGUGGUAUACUAAAUCACAUGGUUUGCUUGUUGAACAGGCUUUACCAAAAGCCAAACUUAAAGAAAUUGUGGAAGAAUCUGACAUUAUGCUCAAGGACGGAUAUGAGAAUUUCUUUGAUAAGCUGCAACAAUACAGUAUUCCUGUGUUCAUAUUCUCAGCUGGUAUCGGUGAUAUACUAGAGGAGGUUAUCCGUCAAGCUGGUGUUUAUUAUCCAAAUGUCAAAGUAGUGUCCAACUUCAUGGAUUUUGAUGACAGUGGGCUGCUCAGAGGAUUUAAAGGAGAACUAAUUCAUGUGUUUAACAAAGAUGAUGGAUCCUUGAAGAAUACGGAAUAUUUCAAUCAACUAAAAAACAAUAGCAACAUAAUUCUGCUGGGAGACUCCCAAGGGGACUUAAAAAUGGCAGAUGGAGUAGCCAAUGUUGAACACAUUCUGAAAAUUGGAUAUCUAAAUGAUAGAGUGGAUGAGCUUUUAGAAAAGUACAUGGACUCUUAUGAUAUUGUUCUAGUAAAAGAUGAAUCAUUGGAUGUAGCCAACUCUAUCUUACAGAAGAUUCUAUAAACAAGCAUUCUUCAAGAAGACCUCUCACCUGUGGGUGCAAUUGAUGCAAGAGCUGCUCAUCUGUUCAUCUUGUUAAAAGAUUUUAUUUAUAAUAUAUUCUUGAUCUUGAAGUUUUUCCUCUAUACUGCUGAAGUAUUUUCAGAUUUAUUGAAUCCAUCAAGUGGAAGCUCCUUUUUCUCCAUCUCUCUCAACACACUCCUCACUAUAUUUUUUAACAGAUUAAAAAAAAACUUAGAGCAAAAAUUUGAAGAAUAACUCCCUACAUUUCCAUAGUGAAUUUUGUAGCUUAAUGUUAUUAUGACAUUUUUGAGAAGUCUUUUUACAUUGGGAAAGUUUGUAGACGUUUAAAAAGUUUUUUGAAAUGGUGAAAUAAUGUGCAUGAUUUUAAGUGUUGUCAUUUUUAUAAUUUGGGUGAAUUAUGCUGAUGGAUUAACCAUCUCCUAAAAUUGUGUUAUGUUUGGUUAUUUUGUUUGGUGAAAAUCGAUAUUUACCAAAAAAUAUUGGCACUUGAUGUUUGAAAAAAAAUCUAUUGGUAUCUACAUGCCACUAAUCAUUACAGAAUGUUCUAUAUUGAAGCACUGAUGAUAAAAAUGAAAUGAAAAGCCUUUUUAAUUCUGUCAAGACUAUUAUUAUUCAUUCAACAGAACCUGCCAUGUUUUUGUGUGUGAUGUAUGAAUCCUAAUGUCCUUGUCAUAGUGGCUAUUUAGAUUAUUUUCAGAUUUACACACUAUAAAAAUAAAAAGAGUUUUGCAGAGAAAAUUUAAUCUGUCCUUCAGAAAAUACUGGGGCCUAGGAAAAUUGUUUUCCCCCAUUGAAAAUAUUAGUAAAAGAAGGUACUAUAUUGAAAGUCUAAGCGUUUCAGAAAUAGCCAUAGGCAGAAAACAAAAUGUAGCUGGGUCUCAUGAUGACUAAAACAGAGUACUUCAGGGUUAGGAACUGCCAUUCCUCUAUGCAGUCUGACUUCCCAUUCUGAGUUCUGGUUGCCCCAUAAUGGUUUACACAAGGCUUAGACUUGCCCUUGUGAUAAAUUUUUUUAAAAUAAAUUUAUUUAUUUAAUUUA